AUGGUGACAGAAGAUGACGAAGUGGAAGAGGAGGAGGUAGAGGAGUUGUUUGGUGAUGACGAUGAAGACGAGGAAGAAGGAGAAUUGGAGUUGGAGGAGGAGGUUGAUGAGGAGGACGAUGAAGAGCAGGACGAGACUGAGCGUCUUGCUGAGGUUCUCGGUGUAGAAGUGUUCGAGCGGAACAAUGGUGGGAGUGGUAGCGCUGAUCGGCGCAGCGUCACCACCGCUGACCAGCAGGAAGAGACUAAUCGGGCUGAAGAUAGAAAGUUGCUCGCUCUCAUGGCUCAUUUUAAUGAUGAUCACUUGAGCCGGUUUGAGUCCUACAGACGCGCCACUUUUACUAAAUCUGCUGUUAGUCGGCUCAUCCAGUCCGUGGCACAAACUUCGUUUUCCCAGAAUGUUGUUAUCGCAAUGGCUGGAAUUACAAAAGUUUUCGUCGGUGAAUUGGUUGAAGCAGCACUUGACUACAAGGAGGAACUGCGGGAAAUUGGACCCUUGCAACCAAAGCACAUUCGUGUGGCUUAUGCUCGAUUAAAUGCACAGGAGCGUACAUCUCGGAUGAGCUGUCUAAACCCUUUAUUGUGA